UGCCCCCUCACCUAACGCAGGAGAGCGGAGGCGUGCGGCGCGAGGAAAAUAGUGCGCAGCGGAGUGAUCCGAAGGCGGGGGCGGGGCGCCGGGGGCCAUAUAAGCACCUAGCGGAGGGAUGCGUGGCGCAGUUGGCGCUGGGUGAGGUUUGUGCUGUCGGCUUGGCCGAGCGGCGCCGCGGGAAAAAUGCAGAUCUUCGUCAAGACCCUGACUGGCAAGACCAUCACCCUUGAGGUCGAGCCCAGUGACACCAUUGAGAAUGUCAAAGCUAAGAUCCAAGACAAGGAAGGCAUUCCCCCUGACCAGCAGAGGCUGAUCUUUGCUGGCAAGCAGCUGGAAGAUGGCCGUACCCUGUCCGACUACAACAUCCAGAAAGAAUCCACUCUGCACCUGGUGCUGCGCCUGCGGGGUGGCAUGCAGAUCUUUGUCAAGACCCUGACUGGCAAGACCAUCACCCUUGAGGUCGAGCCCAGUGACACCAUUGAGAAUGUCAAAGCCAAGAUCCAGGACAAGGAAGGCAUCCCUCCUGACCAGCAGAGGCUGAUCUUCGCAGGGAAGCAGCUGGAAGAUGGCCGCACCCUGUCCGACUACAACAUCCAGAAAGAAUCCACUCUGCACCUCGUCCUGCGCCUCAGAGGGGGCAUGCAGAUCUUUGUCAAGACCCUGACUGGCAAGACCAUCACCCUUGAGGUGGAGCCCAGUGACACCAUUGAAAAUGUCAAAGCCAAGAUCCAGGACAAGGAAGGCAUCCCUCCUGACCAGCAGAGGCUGAUCUUUGCUGGCAAGCAGCUGGAAGAUGGCCGCACCCUGUCCGACUACAACAUCCAGAAGGAGUCAACUCUGCACCUUGUCCUGCGCCUGCGCGGUGGUAACUGAACCAGCAGCUGUGGCUUCCAAAUAAAGGUUCCCUGCACUUGUUCAUUCCAAUAAAGCUGUUGCAUCUGUAAAA